GUCACGUGUCUCUGUUUUCUCUGCGGCUCACUUUAGCCUCAGCGGCUAACUGACCAGCAGGCUGACCGUCGGCCAGAGUGCCGCCGAGUAUACCGCGUGGGACGCCGUGUAAAAUCCACGGAGAGAACUUCAGGGUCACAGCGAGCUGCUAACGCUACUCUCAGCCUCCGUGCUCGGCUAGCGGGGCCAAGAGAGCGGCUUCCAUUAUCGGACACUGUGCUGCUGUGGCUCGCGUUGGGAGCCGCUGCACCUCCUGCUGCUGAAGCCCAGAGAGCCGCACGGACAGAUGGAGCCUCUGUGAAGCAGUAGGAUGACUAAAGUGUAAUGUAAGGCCAUGCUUGCUCGCCCGCCAUGACCACUGUCACGCUGCGGUACUUCUGUUAUGGCUGCCUCGUCACCUCGGCCACCUGGUCCUUCCUGCUCUUCCUGUAUUUUUCCAUGGGGGCGGAGCCUGACCGUGGCAGGACUCCCAUGAGGCACCUCGGGCAGCCAAUCACUGGAGGUGUGGCCGAUCGUAGAGGGGGGCGUCGGCCUCUGCUGCCAAGUAAUGGAGUGGAGCUUUCACCAGAGAUGGGGAUGAUCUUCAACGAGGCGGAUCAAGAGGUUCGGGACAGCGGCUACCACCGUCACGCCUUCAACGUCCUCAUCUCCAACAGGCUGGGCUUCCACCGCCAGUUGCCCGACACCAGAGACACCCAGUGUCGGGAGAAGUCCUAUCCUGUGGCUCUACCUUCUGCCAGCGUCAUAAUCUGUUUCUUCAACGAGGCGCUCUCCGCCCUGCUCAGGACCGUGCACAGCGUGCUGGACCGCACGCCGCCCUACCUGCUGCACGAGAUCAUCCUGGUGGACGACCACAGCGAGCUGGAGGAGCUGAAGGACGAGCUGGACCGCUACGUCAGGGCGGAGUUUCAGGGAAAAGUCCAUCUAGUGAGGAACCAGAGGAGGGAAGGACUCAUCAGAGGACGCAUGAUUGGAGCCUCACACGCUACAGGUGAGGUGCUCGUGUUCCUGGACAGCCACUGCGAGGUGAACCAGGCAUGGCUGCAGCCGCUGCGCGCCAUCCAGAAGGACCGCCGCACUGUCGUCUGCCCCGUCAUCGACAUCAUCUCCGCCGACACGCUCGCCUACUCGCCCUCCCCCAUCGUCAGGGGCGGCUUCAACUGGGGGCUGCACUUCAAGUGGGACCCCGUGCCCCCCUCCGAGCUCCGCGGGCCUGAGGGAGCUUCCGGACCCAUCAGGUCCCCCACCAUGGCAGGCGGGCUGUUCGCUAUGAACAGGAAGUACUUUAACGAGCUCGGCCAAUACGACGCCGGCAUGGACAUCUGGGGGGGAGAGAACCUGGAAAUCUCCUUCAGGAUCUGGAUGUGCGGUGGUCAGCUCUUCAUCAUCCCGUGCUCCAGGGUUGGCCAUAUCUUCAGGAAACGGCGGCCCUAUGGCUCGCCGGGCGGCCAUGACACCAUGGCCCAUAAUUCCCUGCGGCUGGCACACGUGUGGAUGGACGGGUACAAGGAGCAGUAUCUCUCUUUGCGUCCAGAGCUGCGCAACCGGAGUUACGGCGACAUCGGCGAGCGCGUGGCGUUGAGGAAGCGGCUGCAGUGCCACUCAUUCAGCUGGUACCUGGACACAGUCUACCCUGAGAUGCAGACCGCCGCCAACGGCAACAAGCAGCAGCCGCUGUUCAUCAACAAGGGCCUGAAGCGGCCCAAAGUCCUGCAGCGAGGACGGCUACGGAACCUCGCCAUCGGACGCUGUCUGGUAGCCCAGGGCCGGGUCAGUCAGAAGGGCGGCGCCAUCGUUCUGCGACCGUGUGACCCCCAAGACCCCGAGCAGGACUGGGCGUACGACGAGGAGGGUCAGCUGAUCCUGGCAGGUCUGCUGUGUCUGGACGUGUCAGAGGUCAGGACCUUUGACCCCCCGAGGCUGAUGAAGUGUCACGGCUCGGGGGGGUCGCAGCAGUGGAGCCUGGGGAAGUCCAACCGGAUCUACCAGGUCUCUGUCGGUCAGUGUCUUGCAGCUGUCUCCCAGCCAAUAGGACAGAAAGGUUACGUCUCCAUGGCGAUAUGCGAUGGCUCGCAGACACAGCAGUGGCAGCUGGAGGCCUGAGGAGGACGCCGCGGUGCCGUGGAUGGAAUGAUCUCCGAUUCUCACCUGCUCAUUUAAUGUUUCGUGUUUUUCAUUUUAAGUUUGAUGUUUCAGUCGCAGAAGAACUUCGCCAUGCCCAGGCACGCCUGGAACUUCUUCAAGGUCCUUUUAAGGACCUGGAAAGUCCUGGAGUCUGGCGACUGAUAUAAUCUGAUCAGUGAUCUGAUGUUUACUUGGUCUGGCUUCAUCAUGUGACCUCUGAGGCAUCUCCGUCCUCAGAGAAGCACUGCAGGCUUUUCUGUAGGGUUUUUAUCGUGUUCACACAGGAAGUGCUUCUAAAGCAGCGACAGCACUUCCCGUCCUCCUCAGGUCAAAGGUUGCUGUAAGUCCAAAAGUUUUGCUUCAGAGGGCCGUUAGCUGCAGAGAGCUGGAAUAAAACCGAACACUCACUCACUGAAGGACUCGGAGCGUCGCCACUGCUCUCGUGUCUCCCCGUGGAACCCUGAUGAUGCUGACCCGCUGCUCAUGCACCAGAACCAUAUCUGCAGUUAUUUCUAAUGAGGAGCUUCCUCAAUGAAGUUGGUGCGAGCAUGCACGUGAGAUCAGUUCUGAUGCCACCGAUGAUAGGAAGGAAGGCGGAGCUUACUUACCGUCAGGGUAAUCCACAGUGGGCGUCGCAGCCAAUUUCCUCGAGCCGGUUGUUCCCCCAGAACACGAAGUGCCGCUAUGCUGUCACAGAGGCGCCUCGCUCGUUAUCCUUCGUUAACCGUGAAGGUCAGAAUGUUGUAAAUGUGAGUUUGUAGAAUAAAAAGUGAGGAUGUGAACCUUUA